AGUUCAGCAGCAACUAACGAAAAAUGGCAUUCAAGUUUAACCACAUCUUUUUGAUCACCAUGCUGGCGAUGUGCUGCGCCGCAGAGACGAUUCAAUUGCAGCCAACGCAAGGCAUACUGAUCCCGGCACCACUGGCCGAAAACAUUCGUGUCUCGAGGGCUGCCUAUGGCGGCUAUGGAGCACCGGCUGCUGCACCCUCUUAUGCCGCCCCAGCUGCUCCAUCUUACUCUGCACCCGCUGCUCCCGCUUACUCUGCACCAGCACCAGCACCUGCACCAGCUGCCUACGCCGCGCCCGCCGCUCCUUCCUACGCUGCACCGGCCCCAGCUCCAGCCGCUCCAUCUUAUGCCGCUCCAGCCCCAGCUGCGCCGACCUCCAUUCCAGCCCCGCCCUGCCCCAAGAACUACCUGUUCAGCUGUCAGCCUUCGCUGCAGCCCGUGCCCUGCUCAGCGCCAGCUCCAUCUUAUGGCUCAUCCGGUGCCUACUCCCAGUACGUGCCCCAAUACGCAGUUCCCUUUGUUCGCGAAUUCCUCUAAGUGCAAUGAUUGAUCAUGAGAUUGGAAAAUUGGCUCUACUUUUGCAAUAAACUGAAAUUAACAAAGAAAAA